AUGACGGGUUGGCUGGUUCUGCUCAUGGGCCUGAUAUCUGCCCCAGGUCUGUGCCAGGGGGUCCAGGUGCUGCAGAAGAAGCUGCUAUUGGUUCCAUUGGGCCAUCCCGCUGAGAUUCCUUGUUACCAAGACCAGUCUACGCACCUCAAUAUGUACUGGUACCAACAGAACCCCGGGGAGGGCCUGAAGCUCAUGGUUUAUUCCAGCGACGCUAAGGAGGAGACCAUGGAAAAGGACUAUGGGGGGAGAUGGAGCCUGAAUAGAUCAGACAUAUAUAAUUCUGCCCUGAAGCUGAAGGAGGCAAAGAUGGAGGAUGAGGGGGA